AUUGUCCUAAUAUAAUAAUUGGGCCAAAGCCAUUCAUACAACGAUCGACCUGGCUCACAGCACAGGCUACCACCACCCCAAGCGACAGCCGUCGCCUGUCUCACACACACAUCCUAGGGGAACCAAAGACAACACCAUAAGCCACAGCACGGCACAGCUGACGGACCUCUACGGACUCUAUUCUCCACUCCUACUUUGUCACUAUGCCGCAAUACCGAGGAGGCUACCGCAGCGGAGGACGUCGGAUUGCUACAGGCGGCAUCGUCGGCAUCGCCAUCGCAGGCUUCGUCGUCCUCCUGGCCGCCCUCCUUUGCCUCUACUGCUGCUGCUUCCGAAAACGUCGCGCCAACCGCAAGGGCCUCCCCAACCAAAAGGCCGGCGCUGCUCACCCGCCGCCUCCUCGCGGUGGGGGUGGCCUCUCUGGUAUGUUCGGCCGCCUCAUGCCCGGACGGACGUCGCGGCAACGGCAAUACGCAGACAUGGAACAGGCGGGUUACGGACAACGGCCUCAGCAGGGAUACGAUCCGGGGUAUGGCAAUGGUGUCAACGGUGCCAAUGGUGCCAAUGGUGUCGGUGAUCCCUCCUAUGGUCCCGGUUACCAGCCUGGCAGUCAGUCGUACGGUUAUGGACCCGGCCAGAAUGCGGGUGUGAAGCCACCUCCGCCGGCCUACAGGUGAGGACGCAGCCGAGGUCUAGGUCUUGUCACGAUACAGAGUAAAAGUACUAUUGAUCCUCGUGUCUGUUCAAGAUAUAAUGAUGG